CCUUUUCUUCAAAAUCUUCAAUUUUAUUGACUUCACAUCUUUGGGAUCAUUUCCCAUUUUUCCUGCGAUUUUGUCUUUUUAUCUUAGUAUUUUACUUAAUCUAUUUUUGAGAAUUGUUUGACUUCAGUUCACUUUGUUCUCAAGUCUCCAUUUCAUUUAGUGGAUGCUAAAGAUCAUCUUUUUAUGAAAUAAUAUCUGGGGCUCUUUCAUAAUUUCAUGGAAAUUAAUUAAGGGAUUUCUUGUGGGAUCGGUGGUGUGAAUUGUCGAAAUGUGUUGGUUUUGUUAAGUGAUAUUUCCUGUUUGAUUGACAAUAUAAAAGUUAUCAUGCUUUUGAAGUUUGCUUCUGAUUUGAUUCUAUGUUCUUUUCAAAGGAGUAGUUUGAGGGUUGAACUUGAAGAAAGAUGGGAACUUACAGUGAGACUGAAGAAGAUACUUUCUUUGAUAUACGUGAUGAGAUUAGUUCUCUCUCUGAUUUGGGUUCGGAUAGUUCUGAUGCUUGUACUCGUAAUGAGAUUGUUGACUGUGCUUUGGGAUAUGAAUUUUGGACUCAGGAUCCUGAAAGUGUUGAUGAACGUCGCAAUAGAUUCUUGAAAUGGAUGGGUUUGAACUCGAACUGUGACAGACGUGAUGGACUUGAAAUGAAUGGUGUAUGCUCUGAUGAAAGCAAGAAGAAUGCCGAUAGAAUUAGGGAUGGCAAUGACACUGUGCUCGCAAACUCAGAUUCCGAAGGCAACUUUUUCUCCGGUCGAUCUUCCCAGUCAAAUGAAGCUUUGGAAUUGGAGGAGGAUGCUGUAGAGGAUCCAAUGUGUUGGAAAAUUAGGAAUCUGGACAACGGAUCAGAGUUUGUUGCGGAUGAGUUGGGACAGGAUGGGAUGCUUAGCCGAUUACGUGAAGUAGGUACAAACAGGUUAUUCACUAUUGAAGAGUUUCAGAGAAAUCUUGGCUCAUCGGCUUUGAUUCAGCAAUUGCUGCACAGAGAUAUUAAGGGAUUCAAUAUGGUUGAUACAAAGUCGAAAGUGAGAAGUUUGCUUCAAAAACUCACGAUUUCCACCCGACAUAAAGAGAGGACAAAGGGAGUCCAAUCGACUGCCCGGGAGUUUAAUUUAAAGUCGGGGGUUGGUAGUCAAAGAGUUCGGGUCCACACCAGUAAGAAGGAGUCAAAAGAACUGUCCUCGCUUUACACAGGCCAAGAGUUCCUUGCACAUGAAGGCUCUAUCAUAACAAUGAAGUUCAGUCCUUGUGGCCAAUACUUGGCAAGUGCGGGCAAAGAUGGCACGGUGCGCAUUUGGAGAGUGACCGAAGAUGAUAUUCCUAAAGAUUUUAAUGUUCAAGAUGUUGACCCCUCUUGUUUAUACUUCUCACUGAAUCAUUUGUCCAAAUUAGUUUCGCUCAAUGACUAUAAAGAGAAGAUCAGCGGGAUGAAAAUGAUGAGAAAAUCAUCGGAAUCUGCUUGUGUUGUCCUCCCACCAAAGUUAUUCCGGAUAAUGGAGAAACCACUGCACGAGUUCCAUGGGCAUACGGGUGAAGUCUUGGCCCUCUCAUGGUCCAAAAAUGGGUAUCUGCUGUCAUCUUCUGUGGAUAAAACAGCUCGUCUCUGGCAAGUAGGACAUGAUAAAUGCGUUGGUGUGUACUCGCAUAAUAAUUAUGUCACUUGUGUAGAAUUCAAUCCCAUGGAUGAUAAUUUUUUCAUUAGUGGCUCGAUAGAUGGGAAAAUACGACUCUGGGACGUGCACGGUUGUCGAGUAAUUGAUUGGACUGAUUUAAAAGAAAUAGUGACUGCUGUUUGUUAUUGUCCUGAUGGAAAGGGGGGUGUUGUGGGAUACAUGGAUGGCAAUUGCCGUUUUUAUGAUGUAGUAGGUAAUCGUUUACAGAUGGGCUCGCAGGUAUGCCUGCAAGAAAAGAAGAAGCUUACUAACAAGAGAGUAACCGGAUUUCAGUACUGCCCGAACGACUCAAGCAAAGUCAUGGUUACUUCUGCUGAUUCACAAGUUCGAAUACUUUCUGGAUCCAACAUCAUCUGUAAAUUCAAAGGAACUCAAAAUUUGGGUAGUCAAUGUCCUGCAUCAUUCACUUCCGAUGGGAAACACAUUCUCGCGGUUACUGAGGAUUCAAAUGUUUAUAUCUGGAACUAUAGUAAUGAGGACGGGACAACUAGCCAAGCAAAGAAAGUCCGGUCAUCUGAGAGUUUCCUUUCCCAAAAUGCAUCGGUUACAAUACCAUGGUGUGGCUUUAAAACCAAUCCCGGGACACUAUCACCAGGAAGUGUUUUAGCAAAUGGUGAUGUCAACGAGAACUCGCAGCCAAAGACUUCAUCUUUACAAGAUUGCUUCUCCUUGGGACGUGCGUCUUUCUUGGAUUCACUAUUAAAGGGCUCUCCAACGUGGCCGGAGGAGAAAUUGCCCGAUUCAAAUCCAGCAAAUGCAUCCCCUUCUAUAUCUAAAUCCGAAUGCAAGAUCUUGAAGAGUGCUUGGCAAAGUGCAUUGAGUUCGAGCCAUUUGUGGGGUCUUGUGGUUGUCACUGCCGGAUGGGACGGAUGCAUUAGAACAUUCCUCAACUAUGGAUUGCCAAUUCGUUUAUGAGAGUUUUGCGCAAAGGGCUUUGGUGUAGUGGCAAGAGGCAACACGUAAUGUGUGGAUUAGGAGCACGUUGCGAGCUUAAACCAUGCCGCAGACAAAAGCCUGGUGUUAUCCACCAAGUUUCAAACCGUGCGCAUCUAGGCCUUGGGGAUUUCUCGGUUAUAAAAAAAAAAAUUGCUUCUAAGCUUUUCCUUUUUUUGAUUGUAAAUUUUUAUCAAUUCUUAGUUUUGUCACCAUUUUUUUUUGACAAAAUAUAUAUAUUUAUAUUAUAUCCAAUAGGUUACUAGCAAUGUACUUGAAAUUAGAUUGUGCAAGGGUAUACUAGUAGAUAUAUGUAAAAUCUAGCCAAAUGUAUCAUAGGAGCUGGAUUUUACAAAGUUGUCAUUAGUCACACAUGAAAGUUCAUAGUAUAAAGUGCAAACAUUUAUUCCA